AUGCGCCAUGAGGUAAUUAGUAGCGAUUAUGCAGGUUUAGCGGUUACCGUCCGUAUUGAACAGAUAACUUGUUCUCAAUCACUUAAAUGGACUAAACUUAAGUUUGUUAAUAAGUGUACCUAUGUUUCUAAAGGGAGUAUAGAGAAUCUUAAUAUCCCUGAUGAAUGGUUGUAUCAUAGUAAAUUAAAAUUUAGAGUUUACGAACCCUUAUUAAUUGAAAAUACUCUUGAUGACAUCCGAUCAAAAUUUCAGAAAUCUCAGAAAUUUCAGAAAUUUCAGAAACUAGUUGGAGAACAUCACCUUCAUGGGAAAGCAAUUGGAUGUGGUUCCAUUCGAUUAAAUUUUUUAGAACCGGACCAAAAAAUUGAACGUGUUAUUGAUCUUAAAGCUAAAGGAUCACAAGAAAUUAUUGGUCGUAUUAAAAUAAGUAUGCAUACCUCCAGAACACAAUUACAACCACAUUCUAAUAAAUAUUCAAUGCUAGGACUUCUUGCUGAAAACAAAAUUAAAAAAUCUCUUGAACGUCGUAGUAAAAAACUCAUUUGUUAUACCAAAAAUAGAAAGAAUAUACCUGCAUACAUGAUAAUUGAAGAUAAACCAAAAAAAUCCAUUAUCAUAUGUAUCCGCGGAACCCUUAGUAUUUCUGAUAUAUUGAUCGAUCUUAAAGCAUACAAUGUAGAUUAUAAUUGCGAAGACUAUUAUCAUUGUGGAAUGCAUCAAAGUGCAAACAUUAUUUUUAAUGAGUUACGUGAUAAAAUUAAAAAAUAUAAUAAUUAUUCUGUUAAAGUGACUGGGCAUUCUUUAGGCGCAGCUGUGUCAUCUAUUGUAGCUAUACUUUUACAAAAACAUGAGUUUGAUACCCAAGCAUGGAAUUUUGCAACCCCACCAUGUUGUUCAUUUUCUUUAACUUCUAGAACCAAGGAUUUUAUUAAUAAUUUUGUGAAUGAAAAUGAUAUUAUUACAAGAAUGAGUUUUGAAAAUUUAAGAGAGAUAUCUAAAAUGAAUCUGAAUAAAAAUGAAUUGGAAGGCACCAACAGAAAACUAUAUAUUCCAGGGAAGAUAUACUACUUGCAUAAAAAAGAUGGUGAAAGUGAAUUAAAAUGUGGAGAAUCCCAACCAGAUCACUUAACAGGAAUUAGUCCGCAACAUGAUAUCUUAAAUCAUGUUGUGUGGGAAUACAAAAAGAACCUCAAGACUAUUAUUCAAUAUGUAAAGUAA